AUGUCUCAAAGAAUUAUCCUACCAAGUGCAUCAGAUCAGCAAUUCGAGGGUAAUUCUGAUGGGUAUGAAUAUACUGCCGGGCCUAAGCAGGCGAUAACAAGCGAAGCUUUCACAGCUUACGUGUCCUCCGGAAUAUACUCGAAGCCUCUUCUUUUUAAAAGACAAGAAAUUUCUUUAUCAGCAAUGGCUUUCCUUUUCCAGGAAAUGAUUGCACAACUGCACAGAACGUGCAAAACAACGGACGAUUUUGAAACUAAAUUAAAUGAUUAUGGCCACAACAUUGGAAUUCGCCUUCUAGAAUUGUUGAACUUUAGGGCUUCUGUAUCUCCAGGCUCUCUUCCCAGGACCUCUACAUUCCUUUCACAAAACGAUUCUCCUUCAAAGUUGUUAAAUGCAUCGAAUUCAUCGAGUUUAUUGUCCAACUCUAAUCCAACAGCUUCAGCUUCUGCCAAUGAACGACUCCAAGAAAGGCAAACAGAGUCCUUGUCCAGCUAUAUUACAAAGAUGAGGCGCCGUGAUCUAAAAAUCCUUGAUAUACUACAAUUCAUUCAUGGUACCUUAUGGUCAUACCUCUUCAAUCACGUAAGUGAUGACUUAGUCAAGUCUUCAGAGCGUGAUAACGAAUAUAUGAUAGUCGAUAACUUCCCUACUUUGUCCCAAUUUAUCCCGGGUGAGAACGUUUCUUGUGAGUAUUUCGUUUGUGGUAUAAUCAAAGGAUUUCUUUUCAAUGCUGGAUUCCCAUGUGGCGUGACAGCACAUCGUAUGCCUCAAGGCGGACAUACCCAACGAACUGUUUAUUUGAUUCAAUUCGAUAGGCAAGUACUUGAACGGGAAGGUUUGAGAUUUGCUUAA